AUGGCCCGUCUUACCGUGGAUCAACGUGCUAGACUAGCUCUAACUAAUUUAAGAAGUAUGAUGAUGAUUCCUUCUGUGAAGAUGCGUACAAUAUUGAUCAGGUUCAUGCUUGAUGUUUUUGACCCUGCCACUGGUACAUUCCAAAUAGGAGAGAACAAUGGCGCGGUGUCUCUUGGUUUUGUUGAUGUUGAGUGUCUCCUUGGUCUGGUUAAUGAAGGAUUUUCUGCUGGGGAAAUACUUACCGAGGAAGGUGAAGACGUGAAGCAUCGCAUCCCACCACAGUUCAUAAGCAAAUCAACCGGUAACAUCGUUAUCGACGAAUUAAUUGACGACAUCAUUAAAAGUAAACUUGCCGAUGAUGACUUCCUGAGGAGGGUAGUGCUAGUGCUUCUGGGAACAGUACUUGCUCCUAUGGCGACGAAGAUUGUCCCACACAAGUUCUAUGCACUAGUAGAAGAUGUGAACCGAAUGUCAAAAAUCAAUUGGAAUGCAUUCACUCUUAGGGUUCUGUUGGAUAGCAUUAGGCUGGUAAGAAAAGGUAAACAAAUUCGUCAGUGGCCAAAAGGGAACUUAGGAAUGUUGCAGUACUUGUACUGGGAAAAAUGUCAGCCGCUAGAAGGCGACUGUGCAUUUAAUCCUAAACUGUCCAUGCGCCCUCUAAUGAGGAACUGGAAUGAAGCAGCUGCCACGCGGAGAGACAAUUUUGACUAUGAGAAUGGUCGAGGUCGUGGUAACGUGAAGAUUGAUGAAAAUAUCACUGAAGAGUAUCGGAUGAUGGAGCCAGUUGUGCGAGAUCCUGUGGCUGCUCAUCGGAAUAACGCCAAGCCCAAGAUGUUGGCUACCAUCCCUGCCUUAUGUGCUCAGAGAACAUUGGAGAUGUUUAAUAAGGAAGGCGUGACUUACAAACCAGCAGCCGCACCGGUUUCCGGUAACAUGGAGGACGAGGAAGAUGUCAACUCUUUCCGGAACGGCCCUCGUGAUAAAAAAGAGUUCAUGUACAAGGAAGAGAGCGAUUCAGCAGGAGGUGGAGAUUCUAUUCGUAUCAUUGACAUGAACCUGGCUGAUGAAGUUGAUAAAUUGGAAAAAAAAUUAAAGGAGCCUGCUAAGAAUGGUACUGCAAAGAAUGCAAAUGAUGCUAUGCGCACACCUGACAAGGCUGGUGGACUGAAUGGUACUCCAGCAGGAAAGCCAUUUGGCGAUGUUGGUAGCACACCGGAUAAUCCGUUCAUCAUUGAAAAUGCUGAUCCGGUGACAUCAGAUUCAGAAAUUGAUCUCGACGCAGUAAGUAUUAGCAAGUUUUUAUCUAAAUCAAAGGAAGAUGAGUUGGCUGGGAAGAGGAAGCGAACAAUUCCCAAAAAAUUUCAAUCUCCCUAUGCUCUAGACAGACGCACCAAGCGUCAAGUCCGUGGUUCAUCCACAAAAGCUCUGAAUUUCGAUGAUAAAUCUGGAGCAGAUAAAAAUGCAAAACCGGAUGCAUCAUGCGAUUUGACGGCUGAACUUGUAGACGCAGCUAUAGUCUUCCUCGAGCUUGCAUCUCGCUCAGACCAGCACAAAAAAAAGAAUGUUUACCGGAGUGCCAGGGGCGAUGAAGUUAACGCUGAGCGGCUACGUGUUGUUCUCGACGAAAAAUGGUUGUCCGAUGAUGUCAUUGAUGGUUACAUUGGGCAUUUGAACCUCCGUGUUGGGCAUGAUCGCUUCUUGUGUCCAGCAUGGAGAUCAAAAUAUCUAGUAGACCGGGCAAUUGCCGGAGACAAACCCAAAGAAUCCAGCAAGAACAUGGAUAGCGCGAUGGUAAGAUCUGGCGCGGUUGGUAGAGUGUUGACGGAAUACACCGUCCGUGACAAGGUUUAUUUUCCACUCAACAUUGGCAAUACACACUGGACGACCGUUGUCAUGCACAUACCGAAGCAAGAAUUCCAAGUUCUCGACUCGCUUUAUCCUCUAGAGUUUACGUUGGAGACUGUUGAGGCACUUCGGCGCCAAAUUGCAGAUGACAUGCAAGUGGCCAACGAAGUCACGAGUGGAAAUCAUCCCGACGUUUCAAAGUGGCCGAUAUUAGAGUACGACAUGCCGCAGCAACAUGACGGGAACUCUUGUGGAUUGUUUGUGAUGGAAUGCAUGGAGCAUUGGGAUGGGGACCGGAUGACUGCAGAGAUUUCACAGAUCAAAAUUAAUGGAAGGCGAAGACGAAUUGUCGCUGAAAUGAUGUUAUCACCUUCGAACACGUUAGAGAUGGUGAAAGAGAGAAUUUGGUCCGUCGCUUCCAGGAUCAACAAGAAGACAUAG